AUGCAUCAGGCCAGAGCCAAUAGCGAAGUCAAAAGAGUCCACAUGAGGGGCGACACAUCGACGCAAGAAUGCGACUCGAUCGUCAUCUUUUUCCAACGGAAGUGUGGAUGGCUGAAUCUCAGCUUGGGCACUUUUGGCGAGACUGGCGAAUUGAGACCCCGCUACGCUUUGGCUGGACCGCCUUCUUCUCUCAGUUUUCAUUGCGGGGUUUGA